AUGGAGAAGGCGGACGUCUCAUCCAAGGACGUUUCCGAAUUGGGCGACGGAAACAAACUGGCCCGCCUGGUGGAGGGGGCCACCUCCAAGACGCUUCCGAUGGGCGAAAGAAGCGGCGGCGGCGGCGGCGUGGCCGUGGGAGCCAAGGGCGUGCAGAACACGUUCGUGCUGUACUCCAUUCUCGCGUUCCUCUCCUCCGAAGGCAUCCAGAUCCCUCAAUCCUGCUCUCCACAAGUGCUGGCGGCCGGCAAUCAAGAGCAGAUCGUGGGACUCCUCAAGCGACUCGCGUGGCAGUACCUGAUCAUGGUCUUCGCCGCCAAGGAGACCCGGCGGGCCGCCGACGGUGGACUGAUCGCGUGGGCCACCCAAAAGCUGCAUAACCACGACCACGUCGUCAGCCACAAAACGCUGUAUAAUGGCGAGGUGGUGCUGGCGCUGAUCGAACUGGCAACCGGUGCACAUGCGCUGCAAUCAACCAGCUACAGCGCGCUCGACGCCGAGGCCAAAGCGAGAGCCCUCACCGAGGGCUUCGAGGCCGCCCAGACGCAGCUCGACAUUCCCCAGGUCGUCGACGCCAGCGAUUUCGUCUACCAGUCGAUCGACCUCACCUCGCUCCUGGUCUAUCUGGCCCUUCUGCGCCGCGUCCUCGACGGCAAAAUCGACUCCGGAGUACAAACGAAUGCGGUGGCGACGAAGGCGAAUCAGGCCACCAGCGCGGGCACGGCCUCCGUUCCGCCGCUGCAGACGGACCGAGUGGAGAACAAUAUGGGGCCGCACGCGGCUGCGUCGCUCGGUCUUCAGCAGAGGCAGAGUACCCCGCGCGAGAUCGCCGAAAUGAAGCAGAAGAUGGCUGAGAAGGACCGGGAGCUCGAGGAGAUGAAGCGCAAGAUGGAGCAGUCGAGGCGAGAAGCCGAAGAGGAAAUGAGACGGCUGGUGGAGGAGAUCAAAGCGAUGAAGGAGAAGGAGAAGCUGUCGUCUGCCAACAGCUCCAUCCGCAGUGUCAGCGACCUGGCCCGAUCCACAUCAUUGGAUGGUGAGGAAGAGGCGGCGUCGGCCAGUGAGUCAUCGCCGCCUUCGUCGCCCGAGCCACUGCGGCCGGCUCGGCCCGACCGCAAGGUCUCCUCCGGCACCUCCCAGCGCAAAAUCAGCCCCUCGCCCCUCGCCACUUCGUCGUCGUCCGCCACGCCCUCGUCGCCCUCGGCUUCGCUCCGGUCUUCGCUCUCUUCGCGGCCCUCCCUGCCCCACCACCACGCGUCAUCGUCGACCUCGGCCUCGUCGUCUCCCUCGUCGUCGCCCUAUUCGUCGCCGGCCACGUCAUCAUCCGCCAAUCCCCUGCGAGCCUCGCCGCCAAAGUCUGGCGCCGCCGCCGCGGCCCUGCCUCUGCCCCCGCUCGAGCUCCAGAUCGAGAAGAUCGCAGCCGCGGCCGAGCCCGGCCUGGGGGGCAACCACGGCGCGCUGCCGACGUCGCCCACGACCGGGCCUUCGAAGGGCGCCUACGCCCGCCAGCAGCAGCAGUCGGCCGGCGGGAAGAAGAACAGCAAGAUGCUGGACCACUUCAUCGGGCACUUUGAGCGCGAGAUGGAGUUCUACGAACAGGAAAAGGCCCAGCAGGCUGCCACAGUCCAGAACCAGCAGCAGCCGGCCGAGGUAGAGGAGGAGGAGGAGGAGGAGGCGAUCGCGCGGGAGCGGAAGGCGAAUGAGGAGGAGAUGGCGCGGCUCAAGCGGGAGGUGGAGACGCAGCUGGCCGAGCUCGAGAUGGAGGCCCAGCUGGGCGACACCAACGGCCAGCCCACGGCCAGCGGGAAUGCGAGGAAUGCGCGCAGCAGCAGUACCAGCAGCAGCAACGGCACCGGCAAAUCGCCGGCCUCGUCCCCGCAGAGCAGCGGCAGCAGCCACGCCGUGGCCACGCCGCCGUCUCCGUCAGUGCAGUCCAGGGCCGACCAGAAGGGGAAGCAGAAGCAGAUGACCAUGCGCGAACUGGUCCCCAAGCUGUGCACCGACCAGGCCAAGACCCCGCCGAUGGAUUUUAUGAGCCCGAGGACGGCCGAGGAGAUCUACACGAAGAUUCCGUCGUGCUAUCCGCUGGGCGACGAUGACGGUGACGCCGACGUGCUCCUCGACACCAUCCUCAUGCAGAUCGAUCUCGAUCGCAAGAAGGGCCAAAUGUCCCCUCGUGACAAGGAGGACUACGAGGACUACAUGCGGGAGAAGCGGAUGGUGGACAAGCGCAAGCAGCACCUGCUCGACGAGGGUCUCUCUGCGGCCUUCCCGCCCUCGCCCGAGGAAUUGCGGCGGCGCGACGCCGGCCCCAUGAAGAUGGCCACCCCCACCUCCAGCUCCGAGGACAUCAUCGCUACGGCGGGCGUGGUGCGGCAACGCUCGCACUCGAGCUUUUCGUCGACCGAAUCGCCGACGACCCGAUCGCGAGCCAACACGUACCACAUCUCCGAGCUGGUCCUCGAGGACGACUACGACCACCAGCACCACGGCGACGUGGCGGGGCGCCCCCGAGAAAGCCCGCGGGACGCCGAUCACCCCACACCGGCCGCCGCUGUCGGCGACAAAGACACGAAAAAGAAGAAGGAGAAAAAGAAAGAGAAAGAAAAGAAGAAAAAGAACAACGGCGCGGCGACGAUGACGUCAGCUGGCGGCGGCGAUGAAGUCGACGAGAAGCAGGCCAAGCGAAAGAAGCGGAACAGCUUGACGAGCGCGUUCGGGAGCCUCAAGGUGAAGGGCACGAGCAGCAAGGAGAAGCGCAUGUCCGGCGCGAUGCGGACCACCUCGUUCUCCUCCCGCUUCCUCCCACGCUCCUCUCGUAGUAGCGACGACCCCGACAAGCCGGGGUCGCCGUCGGCAUCGCCGAAGACGCCAAAGAUGCCGAAGGAGCCGAAGAAGGAGCGCAGCUGGCGCGACCUGCGCAGCUCGUUUUCGUUCUCGUCGGGCUCGAAGGGCAAGGUCAGCAAGUCGACCGGCGCCGGCAUCAGCUCGCCCCGGGGCAACAACAAGAUGCGCAAGGCGGCCCCCGACGACCCGCGCGAGGGCGUCAAAGGCGUCAUGAUCGGCCUCUACGAUUUCCAAGCCCGCAAGGAAGACGAAAUUUCGUUCAACAGGGGGGACUUGAUCUAUCUGAUGUCGGACCUGGACGAGACCGGGUGGGCGCUGGGCAAGAUCAAACCGCGCAAGCGGCGCAUGUACGAGAGCGAGAGCAACGACGAGCGCAUCGGGCUCUUCCCCGUCGAGUUUGUACGCGUGGCCAAGGAGGGCGAGGAACAACAGGCCGACGACGCCGAAGAUGGCACCCAGGGCUCGUUUAGCUCGAGCUCCUCCAAUCUGAGCGCCGAUUCCUCCCCGCCCAAGCCCCAGCUGGCCUCUUCGUCUUCCUCCUCCUUACCCUUGCCCGGCGGCGUCGACGCUGUCGCGGAUGGGGCGCAGGGGUGGCUCUACUUCAAGCACUCGAGCAAGAAGUGGCUCUCGCACCACUUCGUCCUGACCAAGGACUGGCUGACCUACUACAAGAACCAAAAGCCGGACAAGAAGCCGUUGGGGAAGAUCCCGCUGGCGCAGGCCUGGCUGGAGGUGUCGCGAGCGCUGGACGAGAAGCAGAAGAAGGUGCAUUGCAUUCUCAUCGCCACCCCGGCCGGCAAGACGGUUGACCUUGAAGCCUGGUUGGACGCCUUCCGCAACACCACCAUUGCUGGCCUCAGGCAGAUGUAA